CAUGCUCAAGUGCUUCCCAUGUUGCGGGCCUGAGAACUGGAUAGGUUCUGAAGUCAAAGGAAGGAACCUGGACUGUGAAUGUUGUUCAAGGGAGGAUCGGUGUCCAUGGCAAGCCAAAGGUGACUCACUCUCUUCCUCUCUCCCUCUCGCUCUUGAUGUGGCUCAGCUUCCUGGCCUGACAAGGAUAUUUCCUCCUCCCCUGCUGAGCUGGCAGCUAUGGAAACGGCAAGCCUUGCUCUCUCAGAACAGACCUUGGCAAAGAGGCCCUGCUCAGACUGGAAGGGUUUGCAGUGGUGGCAGCUCCCUAGGAUUGCCCCCUGCCCCCAUUGCUGCACUUUCCAACUUUGGCCAAGGGGAUUUGCAAGAUAAGCAACCUGCUGGUACCUACAGGCCAGAGGGACAUGAGCUCAGGGACAGUGGCAGUGGCCCCUGUGGCCAAGAACGUGAUGGUGUAUCGCAACGGGGACCCCUUCUUCCACGGCAGGAAGUUUGUGGUGAGCCACCGGCGGUUCCUGACCUUUGAGGCCUUUUUGAAUGAGGUGACCAGCACAAUCCAUGCCCCCACGGCCAUCAGAAGCAUCUACACCCCCCGGCACGGUCAUCGGGUCUCCGACCUGGGCGAGCUGCAGAACGGGUGCCAGUACGUUGCAGGAGGCUUUGAGAGAUUCAAGAGGCUGGACUAUCUAAACCCUGGAAUGAAGCAGCUCAAUGGGAACCAGAAGAAAGACAGAGUGCAGAGCUACCCAGUUAUUCCCCAGAAGAUGCCUGUUUCGACACAUUGGAGGAAGCAGGCGAACUUGCCCUGCAUUAUACAUGUUUUCCGCAACGGGGACCUGCUAAGCCCCCCCUUCCGCCUGAUCCUCAACAAGAGCACCCUGCAGGAGUGGAGCGCUGUCCUGUCCAUCUUGUCAAUCAAGGCGAACCUGCGGACUGGGGCUGUUAGAAGGCUCUGCAAGCUCAAUGGCGAUGCCGUCUCCACUGGUGAAGAUCUGGUGAGCGGCAACUACUACGUGGCGGUGGGCCUGGAGAAGUACAAAGACCUGCCCUACUUCGAAUUGCUGGUGCCCCCAAAGAUAACACACCAGCCAACUCGGGACCACUCAAAUAGCAGACGAAUGAGCCACAAUCGAGGGUUAGCUAAGCUCCACCUGGCUCCGCUAGAGGGGUCCAGUGACUCAGCACUCCUUGAACCGCCACAACAGCUGAACCUUCGGAGAGUGCAGUCCACAGGGAUUGUGCAGAAGGAGAGCAGACAGAAUCUUUCCGCGGUGACGCGGAAAGGCAGGAAGCACCUGCGCAAGGAGGCAGACUCCAUCUUCCACGCCAAGCCGGGCCAGGUCGGGCGUAUCAGGAGGAACUCAAACCAGAAUUCUGACCAAGAUGAAGGAAGUGUUUACAAAAGAAAAGGUGUAAGGGAAGAGAUACAGAAUGCCCAGGAAAUCAGAGAUGAUGAAAACACGCAGGUGGAAUUGCCUCUUGACCAGAAAGCUGCAGAGACUGUAGAAGAGGAAGUUGUGCCCAAAAGUGAAGCUUUGCAAUGCAGGAAGGUUGAGAAUACUGACAAACUACAGAAGGCCCACACAAUUCAGUGUUCUGCUGGUGACUCACAGGAAGAAGUGACAAGAAAGCCUCCUUUCCAUCCGGCUUGAAGAAACUUUGUUUCACCUGAGAAAAGACUGUGGUAACACAAAGACCCGGCAAGGCUUUUCCUAGAUAUGCGUGUGUGUGAGAUCCUUAAACAACCACAUGCUGGUUUUGUGCAAUCUUCGACUCAAAUGCUUAUCUUAUGGAUGUUCUUACAAUAAAGAUGUAGCAUUGGAA